CAAGGGAUCGGAGGCGAGGGAAGUAUGGACAAUGUGGCUUAUGUGGACAAUCCUCCGGAUCCAUUCAACUUUUUCUUCAAUAGAAGCUUCAAGUUUGGAGGGCCGAAUUUCUAAUGAGGAGGGAACAGAACUGCUGCGUUUAGCUCCAAGUUUCCUGCAUUAUGAACGACGAGAAUGGCCUAAUGUAAGAACUUUGGUUCUUGCGUUGGUAUCUGUUCAGAAGGAUGUCAAGUCUCCAUCUUACAAUCUGAUGGAUAAACCCCAUGAUGGUGCAUUUACCUUUUGGUCGAUCCAUCUUUCACCUCUGCACCAGAAAGGACCUUACUGCAAUAUGUGGAAUUCUAGAGUCAACUGGCUAGAGAUGAUGAGGGAACUGCAAAUGAGGGUGGUUCUAAGAUCCGUGAAGCUUAUCUCAUAUUCCAGGACUUUUUUGCGGAUGCUGAAACUGUAUUCGCGGCUCAACACCUGCAUCCCAUGGAUUUGCCUUCUCUGAACUUGUAU